GAGCUCCGAAGUCCAACAACAGCAUCAAAUAUCGCAACACCGCGCCACCACUCCGAUUGAGCCUUCGUGUGUUCGAGAUACCUACCACAAAUACAUCAGAAGCGCCUGAAACCCAUUGACAACAAGCCGCACCGAGCGAUCCUCUCAAUCUCAAACCAGCGACAAUGAUAUCCGAUGGCUCCCUCUACACGCUCGCGCUCUUCCUCGGCUUCGCCGCAGUCCUCAUGAUCGUCGUAUACCACUUUCUCGAAGUCAACAGCGAUGAACAUCAAUCUCUCCUCGCUCAGACAUCAGCCGUUACCGGUGCAACAUCGACAAAAGGUUCGACCGGGACGAUAAAGGACAGCGCAGCAGGACUGGCCGGGAAACUGAAUAAUGCCGUUGUCUCUUGAUUGGAAGGAACCGAAGGGGUUUCCAAACUAUAAGGGCGACCUGGCAGAAUGGAGCUGGAGGGGCAGCACGAUACCAAACGCAGCACAGUGAGCUCGAGGACUGAGGAGUGGAGCUUCAGAGAGAGAUCACAACGUGGAAUGAGGAUAUAGAACUUUGCGCCACUGUGCCGUACAUCCGUGUAUUAUGGCAUGGGUUGCGGGACAGGGCAAUGUCAAAGCGUGAUGGAACGACGCUUGAAGCGUCACAUGAGGGGAAGAUAAAAGGAAGUGCAAGAGGCUAGGCUAUGCUUUUGGCUCAACAACCGAGAGCAAACCGGAAGGACGCAAU